CUCUGGAGGCUUAACACACCAAGUCCCAGACUGGUUCCAGUAAUUCAAAGGGUGGCAAUCUUAGUGUAAAGCCAAAGCAAUUAGCUUUCGGUGCAAAGAAGUUGCUUGCCAAUGCAAACAGAAACAAUAACCCAGAUCGGCGCUUGGCUGUAUCAUUGUGAGGGUUGAGGCUGAGACAGACUGAAGAAGAUUAUUGUGUGCUGAGAGGAAACUGGCUCACAUCCAAUGCUUCACUGAAGAAGAGAAGGGAAGAGGAGCAAGUCCUUGGGAUAAAAGAGUCAUCUUUGGAAAAUAAACAGGGAUGUUGUGUAUUCAUCCUAAAAGUGAUACCCAUCUAUGGUCAAAGAAGAGCUGAUUCCAGAGGUUAUUCUGCAGUUGAAGAAUGAAGGCUUCCAUUGCUCUGAUUGUUUCUUUCCUAGCUGCUGCCGCCUCGUCCAAAAGAAUUCUCUUUAAAAAGCAGACGCUGCAAUCUUCAUGCGUCCGAUGCUGUGGUCCUUUGGAGAAGCCGAUGUAUCUGUAUGGGCUGUCAUCUAGCCAAAGGGUGGUAAGUGACCAUCCCACCUACGCCAUUCCUGAGAUCAAGCCAAAGAUAGACAUGACUAUACUAAAAGGCUCCAAAGGAGAGAAGGGGGAGAGAGGAAUGCCAGGAAAAACAGGGAAAACAGGACCCAAUGGUUCCAUUGGUAUCACUGGCAUCAAGGGAGACAAAGGACAAGCAAGCAUUCCGGGGCAUAACUGCAAACAACAUUAUGCAGCAUUCUCGGUUGGCCGCAGGAAGGGCAUCCAGAGCAACGAGCUCCAACCUCAGCUGAUUUUUGACACUGAGUUUGUCAACCUUUACCACCAUUUCGACAUGUUCACUGGCAGGUUCUACUGCUACGUCCAGGGGGUUUACUUCUUUAACCUCAACGUACACACCUGGAACUUUAAGGAAACGUACCUCCACCUCAUGCGCAAUGACGAGGAGGUGGUGAUCCUAUACGCUCAACCCAGUGACCGCAGCAUCAUGCAGAGUCAGAGCGUCAUGCUGGACCUAAGUGAGAGUGAUGAGGUGUGGGUGCGCCUUUACCAGGAGAACAGGGAAAACGCUGCUUACAGUGGUGCAGGCGAUAUCUACAUCACAUUCAAUGGCUAUUUAAUCAAGGCAGCAGUAGAGUCGGAUUAGAAGGGCCGGCCGGCAGUGCACUGUCCCAUUACUCAAACUAAAUUAUGGUGAAAGUCAUGACAUCGUGAGGACAGGUUCUAUAGAUGAGGCUGUAUUCACUUGAAGAUUAAAGGGCAAUCUAAUUGAGGUGUUUAAGAUGAUUAAAGAAGGUGAUAGGUCGAUAGAGAGAAGCUAAUUCCUUUGGUGGAAGAGCCCAAAACAAAGGGGGUAUUACCUUAACAUUAGGAUUAGGCCAUUCGGGGGGAUGUUAGGAGGCAUUCUUCAUACAGAUGUUAAUGAAAGUUUCACACAUUCCGCCCCGAAAGGCUGUUGAAGCUGGGGAUUUAACUGUCAAUUUAAAAAUGGAUUGAUGCAUUUCUGUUAGGCAAUGGGUAUGGAAGAAUAUCGAACCGAAGUGAGUAGAUGGAGUUCAGGAAUAGAUAAACCAUGAGCGAAUGGAAUGGUGGAACAGGUUCAAGGGGCUGAAUGGCCUACUUUUUUGUUCUGAUGUUCCUUUGUAUUUUUACUUGUAUAUUACUCAUCUCUGAUUAUUAUCCUGUGAAGCACUUUCCUAUUGCAAAUCUGUCGAUCUCAGUCUUGAACUUUUUAACUGACUCCCAGAAUUCACUGGUUUUUGGUGGAAAGGAUUCCGUAUUUUCAUGACCUUUAUCAAUAAAAGUACUUCCUGGGUUGUAAUCCUGAACACCUAAUUCGAAUUUUACCUGGCCAGCAUUUUGAACCUGACUGCGUUCAGGCAGUGCUCACAAUCUGAUUUCUGGCAAAGGACGUUGAGCUGAUACAUUAACCCUUUUUUCUCACUCUGCAGAAGCUUCCUGACCUGCUGAGCAUUUUCAACUUUUGCUGAAGAUUUUGAACAUCUGCAGUAUUUUGAAUUUCUUUCAGUUUUCAUGACCUUUCUUUGUCCCCUUUAUUUUUCUACUUUCCCCAAACAAGGUGAAUAUCAAGCAUUAAACUCAUCAACACAAACUUGCAUUCAUAUAAUACUUUUAACAUAGUCCUUAGAUGCUUCACAGGAGCAUUGCCAGAAUUUGACACCGAGUAACAUAAAGCUAUAUUAUGGCAGAUGAGCAAUGCUGAGUUGAAGAGGUUGGUAUGAAGGAGCAUCUUAAAGGAAGAAAGAGGGUUAGUGGGUUCAAGCAGUUUUGCACAGAAAUUCCAGACCUUACUGCCUGGGUAGCAGAAAGAAUGGUAUAGUGGAGUGAUUAAAACUGUGGAUACAUGCAAGGUCAGAAUUGGAGGAGCACAAGAUUUCAGAACUUUGACUGUAGUAAAUUACAGAUGCAUGAACAUUUGAAAACAAGAAUGAAACUUUCAAAUUGGGGCAUUUCAACAAGAGACAGCAUAGGUAGUUCAGUAAGCAUGGGGUUGCUGGGUGAUUGGAACUUGGCCUGCAGUUUUGCAUGUCCAUACACUGGGUUCCAGUAAGUAUCAUAAGUCAAUGACAUUGUCACUCUAUACAUUUAUGUAAUUAGAAAAUGACAAAAUUAAGUAGCUGCCCAUUGAAGUGAUGGAUCACUUCUAACUCAAUAACCAGUAUAACACCAACUUAUAUUCUUGCACAUAUGUUACUUUUUCUAAUAAAAAAAAAAGGACCAUAUGGGUUUUACUUUUCCUAUCAGUAGCCUCUUAGUAGCUCCAGGGAAGUUUCGCUUUCUCUGGUCUUUAUAUUUAUAUGUUAUUAUUUUGGCACUGCUGCAAACAGAAGAAUUAUAGUAAUUAAGCGACUCAGAUUUCAGAAGCAGCUUUGUUAUUGUAAUACUAAUCUUGUGCAACAGGAUAAAUAUUUCAAAGCCACUCAAUUAAAAGCAAAGUUUUUAAUAUUUUUUCUGCCAAUCUUCCUCUAUUUACUCUUUGUCCUAAUUUUACGCAUUAACUUUGCAUUAGACUUUGUCAAAAGAAAAAUCAACGAGACUUUAACUGAGCCCCUGACUGUCCAGGUUGAGGUGCACCUGAAUACUCCCAUGGCAUUAUUUUGAAGGACAGCAGGGGAGUGUUCCCUGGUAUCCAAGCCAACACUUAUCCUUCCAUUUACACUUAAUGUGCAUUUCUUUUCAUAGGUUAUCUGAUUGGGAUUAUGUUAUUAUUGUAGGAGAAUGCUAGGCGUGAACUGACUGCUGUCUUUCCUACAUUACAACACUGACUGCUUCAGAAAUCCUUCAUUGGCUGUAAAGCAUGUGGAAACACCUCAGCUUUUGUGAGCCACUAUAUUUAUAAAUUCCCUCAGCUUUUUGUUCACCCUGAGGUGAUGUGAGCUCCUUUCACUCACUUGAUUUCACUGUGCUCCCGUGUUUCGAUUUGCCUGCUGCUUUUCCUAGAAAACAGAAAGCCCUUACAAUCUUGGUAAUUUUAGUCUGUUUUCAUAGAAUUAUGGAAUAGUACAGCCUUGUAGUAUAAUGUCAAUAUCCAAGUUCAGGUCGUCACUAAAUUUCCCUGAAAGUGUAAUCCCAUUACUGACACAGGGGCAUACCACAGCAUAUUUUCUCCACUUUAAAGGCUUUCAGUCCUUGAGUCAAUUCCAUGCAAUAUAUGUAUCCUGGACUCCUUUGAACCUAUGGGUUUCAGUUUUGC